AUGUCGUUCCAAAUCGCGCCCCGUGGCGGGGUGGUUAUACCAGCGAGCCCCGGGCCCAGCGCGGGGCAGGCCACAAUCGCCCUCUCGCUGAGCGGUUGCCUCGCUAAAAUCGCCGAACCUGAGUGUCUCCACAGCCCACCAACUCGCGGCCUCUCCUCAACCCCACCGCCGCCGCAGCUGUCGCCGUCGCCGUCGCCGUUGCCCCACCUCGUCGCCGAGCGCUCUACAGUGCAGGGGAAUGGCGCCGGCGCCGGCGCCGCCCAAGACGGGGCUGUUCCUGGGGAUCAACAAGGGUCCGGCUUCACCAAGAGCGAGCUCCCGCCCGCCCGUCCGGCCGCAAAGGGGGGAACUGAAAUGCCGCCGGUGAAGACGGGGCUGUUCAUGGGGAUCAAUAAGGGGCACGUUGUCACCAAGCUCGAGCUCCCGCCCCGCCCGUCCGACCGCAAAGGAAUGAGUAUUCUGCUUCCGGAAUCUGAUCAGUUCUUAUGUUCAAGCUGCUUCCUUCUCUACAUUAGGCGUGUGAAAAUUGAAACACAGUUAUUACAUACUAUAUGUUAGAAGUUUCAGUCUAUGGCGGGGAGUGCAAUUCUGUGAUGAGAUUAUUGAGAAUGACAGCCUAGUAACAUUCUAAAAAUUGGGGAACUGAAAUGCCGCCGGUGCCGCUGAAGACGGGCUGUUCAUGGGGAUCAAUAAGGGGCACGUUGUCACCAAGGUCGAGCUCCCGCCCUGCCAUCCGACCGCAAAGGGGGAACUGAAAUGCCGCCGGCGCUGCUGAAGACGGGGCUGUUCAUGGGGAUCAAUAAGGGGUACGUUGUCACCAAGCUCGAGCUCCCGCCCCGCCCGUCCGACCGCAAAGGAAUGAGUAUUCUGCUUCCGGAAUCUGAUCAGUUCUUAUGUUCAAGCUGCUUCCUUCUCUACAUUAGGCGUGUGAAAAUUGAAACACAGGUAGAAACUUUCUUCAGAGAGGGUGGAAUAACGAUGAAGCUAGUCAAAUCCUAGAGUGCAUCUGUUGAUGUGCAUGUCGUAAUGGUGAAACUGCGUGUAGGGAUCGUGCAAUUAUUGGAGUUAUCUGUUGACGUGACUUAACAAACAUAGACACGUGACAAUGGUUUUCCUGGAAAUUUCCACACCAAUCUAUCUUUUAGCUUUCCUGCAAAAAACAAGAGAAUGUGUCGUUUAGCUGCUGCAGGCGCGGUGAUAUUGCCUGCUUCUUGGCGGAUGCUGUCAAAAUUAGCGAGACAAGCAAUGAUGACUAUAUAUCCUUCUCCGUUUAACCAUUGUACGCUAUAUGAAGUAAUGCAUACAUUGAAGUUGUCAGUUCUUGACAGUUGAUUUACACACAAUGUUCAGGUGCCAGCUGCAAGACCGGCGUCUAUUUUCUAUGGGUGCAUAACUGUAUAUUCUUGCUCAAGUCUGAUGGUACCGUUUGUGUUUAGUCCGUCUGUGUGUGUUAUCUCCAGACCUCAGAUUUUACUGUAAAUUAUGUGCAAUUAUCACCUAUGUUAGAAGUUUCAGUCAUUAAUGGUAGUGCAAUUCUGUGAUGAGAUUAUUGAGAAUGACAGCUUAGUAACAUUCCAAAAGUGGUAGCUUUCUUAUUUCAGAAAAUUACCAAGAGGGUCCUUUUUAUUCGGAACAUGAUCACGGAAGUUGCUGGAUUUGCACCAUAUGAGAAGCGUGUCACCGAGAUUCUGAAGGUUGGAAAAGAUAAACCUGCACUCAAGGUAGCCAAGAGAAAGCUAGGCACACACAAGAGAGCCAAGAAGAAGCGUGAGGAGAUGUCUGGUGUUCUUAGGAAGAUGAGGUACGUUUCUAUCUUUUGUUCCGGCAGCAGAGAUGUUGCCAACUUCUAAAGACGACUCACUUUUAUCUGACGGACAUAAAGUUUAGCCAUCAAAGCGUGUUGUGACUCUAGCCAAUCAUCUAAAAGUUGCUCCCAGUUGAUUACGAUCCACCUUCGGCAUACUCCUUUAGCAAUAACAUUACUGUAUGGACAUCUAUAUCCGUAAGGCUUAUCUUUGAAUUGAA